AUAAUAACGUUGAUCCACAACCAGUUUGGUGAGUUCGAGUAACGCAACAGUUUGUCGUCUUCUUUGCGUCAAUAUUGCUGUUCUCUUUCAUAACAUGGUAUUUGGAUCGCCCACUGUUCCAUCGCGUAUCCCAGGCAUUCAUUCGCCAGUCCAAGAACCUCAUCUCUCGCCCACUUCUGCUAUAUUUGCAGGUAUAGACGAUGAGCUUCACGAUGCCUGGCGUGUUUACUCCCAUGGUCAGGAGGAAGAUCUCAGAUAUGCCCUUGAUCGUGUAAUCAAGAGAGUCGAAGAGCUAUCGUCCUUGCUCAAGAUCGCGUACAAGACUCAGGCCGAACUCGAGACAUCACUGAGCGUCGCAAAAUCUAAUUUACAGCUAAUGAUGUCCAACAAUGAGAUGCUCGAGGAAGCUCUCAAACGUGAAACUCCAUGCAGUGCGAAAGAUGUUGGCUGGCGGCGUUGGAGUGCACGGGAAGCACAGAACAUACAGCGUGUAUCAGACAUGCAACGCGUAUCAGAGGAAGAACGCCCAAAGAGCCUCGAUUAUGGCCCUCUCAAUGAUUCAGGCGCACCGUCCCACCCUAUGAAUGUUCCAUCAAUUGUUGAGCCAUCUCGUCCAUCUACCCCUUCAACUCCGGCGACGUCAUCUACAACUUCCCAAACUAAUCAGGAUCCGGGUCGUUUCUUCGGAUUCAGAUUCAAUAGUGGUUCAAAGCCGCCUGCCGUUCAUCAACACUCUUCUCAUUUAACGUCGCCUUCCUUGCCAACUCUCGUAGCAAGUACGAGAGAGAAAGAACUUCUGGACCUGCAAGAGCAGCUUGAACGGGAACGCGUCGCACAUACAACAGCAGCUGCAGAGAAGGCCGCUCUCGAAGCUGAACUUGAGUCCCUAUCACAAGCGCUCUUUGAGGAGGCGAAUAAGAUGGUCGCAACUGAACGCAUUAAACGCGCUGAGACAGAAGGAGAACUACAGGAAGUGCGGUUAGAAAAGGAUGCACUCAAGGAAGCACUGCGGUUGAUUGAAGGCGAAAAUGGUCGACUUCGGAGUGCGAAGCUCUCUACCGGUGGGGUAUCGGAUCGAACUCCACAACUGUCAUCUUCACAUUCUCGAAGUUCUUCGCGAGAUGCAAUAAAGUCUCCACCGACUUCUCCCACCCCCCCAUCACCAACCGUUGACGAUAUUACCGUAUCCUUGGGGCUUACACCAAGUGCCGUCUCGUUCACGCCAGAUAAUGCGGAGCAUCUUGCAGAUUUCAACCUUGAGCCAGCACCGAAACCUCCAUUUGCAGCGUCACACCGGAAAACGCAAUCCAUGGGGAAGGUGACCUCCAACAUCCCCGAUAAUUCUCCUCCCUUGGCUUUGGGCUUCGCUAGCCCAACGUCAGUAUCAUUUAUACCUGAUGAACCGUCCCCUUGGGCUGACGUGUCAGUGUCACCAUGAAUGUGGAUAGUAGAUAUCCAGAAGCUUGUUGAUCAUAUUCGCUUUUGAUGAUUGUAGUCAUAGGAAUUUCAUUUAGAUAUUCCUCCAAUCACAACACCUUAACACAAGUUGUGAAGCAUACCGGUAUCGGCAUCGCCGCAAGGGCAUUUACUAUUGUAGCUGAAUAUUCAAUGCACAAAGCAAAUAUGGGCGGAACGGGAACACGCAGUGCCCCGAGCCCUGCCCUCAUGACCUGUGUUUUGCUAG